GGGAAGAAGUAGCGGGAGCCGGGACGAGGCCCCGAGGGGUGCGGGAGUGACCUGGGGCCUGACCCCUGGCCUCAGGCACGCCCCAUGCCAGCCUCCCAGCCCGACAGGCAGCCCGGCCCCUGCCCGCCGGCCCUCGGCGCGGGCCCUGCAGCCGAGGCGGAGCGCAGCGAGACCCCGACCUGAGCCGGGCUCGGCGCUGCCCCAGCGCGGGUGACAGCUCUCCGAGCAGGAUCCCCGGAGGAUGGAAGAGAAAAGCAUGCUGUGUGACUUCUUUGAAGGGGAGAACCUUAACAGUUCCAGGGAGGAGAGCACUGAAGGUGAUGUGAAGACAUUUUGGACACAACUGGGAGGAAGAAGAGUGGAUGUCAUAUUUGAGCAGCUGCAAAAUGUGCUGUCAUUGCUGAAGGAAAAGAUCAAGAAUGGAACUGCAACAAACCAAGAAUGCUGGCAGGCUUGGGCACUGGUGAAUGAAGCUAAUCUAGGUGAUCUCUUAACCUUGGCAAAUGUUAGCGAUGAGUUGAAUGGAGAUGGUGCACAGGAAACCAAACCCAAACUGCAGCCUUUUCUUCCAGAUGACAAUACUGCAGACACUGUAGAAGCUUCUGACAGUGAAAAAGAGGAUAUGGAAAGAACCUGCUCAGGGAGUAAAGAAGCACCUAGCAAAAUUGAAGGUUUACCUUUAAAUGUGCAGUAUCAGGACCACAAGUGCUCUAGUGCAUGUCUUGCCAAGAGGGCAUUGGAUUCCUACAAGGGUGAAAAUCCUCUGAAAAUCCCAAUCCUGUUUGACUUUCAAAGACGCCAUGCAAAAGCAGACUGCCUUUCAAAGCCACUGGAUGUGAAUUACAAAGCUCCUUGUGGUCGGAGCCUGAGAAGCUUUCGAGAUGUGCGAAAUUACUUGUUUGAAACAGAGUGCAAUUUCUUAUUUGUUGAUCACUUCUCCUUCAACACGUAUGUGCUGUUGGGCAGGAACACCAUGCAUCCCGAGCCCCUCGUGUUUGAGUUCGAUAUUAGCAACGGAGCCGAGUCUGUACCCAUCUCCUUCUGUAACAAUCUCGACCACGCAAGAUUGCCUUACUUCAAAUAUCGGAAGUCGUCAUGGCCACGUGGAUAUUAUCUCAACAAUCUCUCCAGCCUGUUUGUUGAUUCCUGUGACUGCACAGAUGGCUGCAUCGAUAGGUCAAAAUGUGCAUGCCUACAGCUGACAGCAAGGGGCUGUAGUAAAAUUUCUCUGUCUCCAAGUAGUAAAAGAUCUUGUGGAUACCAUUACAAAAGACUGGAGGGACCUGUUCCUAGUGGGAUUUAUGAGUGUAGUGUGUUGUGCAGGUGUGACAAGCUGAUGUGUCAGAACAGAGUUGUACAGCAUGGCAUUCAAGUCAGGCUGCAAGUGUUCAACACGGAGAAGAAGGGCUGGGGUGUCCGCUGCCUGGAUGACAUUGACAAGGGGACAUUUAUUUGUACUUACUCAGGCAGAUUAAUGAGCAGAGCUGAAGUAUUGGGAGAUGCUGAACAAAAGCUGAAGGGGAAAAGUGCAAUGAAUGAUAGAGGCCAUGACUUUUCUUCCAAAAAAAGAAAACUUGACCUUGAUCGUUCAGACUCAGUGAUUGAACUAGUGCAGACUGACAAAAAUGACAUUCUUGAGAAUCAGGAAUCUUUGUCUCAGACUGUGGAUAAUGAAAAUAAAUCAACCCUGGUUCAUCUAAAGAACUCAAGUAAUGCAACUAUGAGAAGGCCUGGAACCAAAACACUUGUUUUUCGCAAGCUAAAAAUGGUGCACAGUGCCAGCUCAGAUGAAGAUGAUAGUUCUCAGAUUCAUCAGUCAAGCAAAACAAAACUCACCAGUGGAACAAAGAAAGGAAAAGAAAAAUCCACCCAGCAGCAGAAGGAAGAACAUCCGAUGGAAAUUGGACAGACUGACUCUGCUGGUGUAGAGAGUGCAGGAUGCAGAAAAAAGAGUCUGUUACUGCAGGGUGUUGAUUGUGUCAAGUCCAGUGUGCUGGAUGACACAUGUGUUGUGAGGCCAUCCAGCAAUGCACCCCUAAAAGCUGACUGCAAAAAAAAUAGUAGGCAGCCAAAACAAGAUGCACUUUGUGAGGAGUCUGAUGGUGAUGGGAUGCUUCCCAAGAAUGCUAAUGAAGAAAAUAUUUACAUACUGGAUGCCACAAAAGAAGGAAAUGUGGGUCGUUUUCUAAAUCACAGCUGCUGCCCAAAUCUCUUUGCACAAAGUGUGUUUGUAGAAACUCACAACAGAAGUUUUCCAUGGGUGGCAUUCUUCACAAACAGACAUGUGAAAGCUGGAACUGAACUCACAUGGGAUUAUGGUUAUGAAGCUGGAAGCAUGCCAGAGACAGAGAUUUCCUGUCACUGUGGAGUUCAGAAGUGCAGGAAAAAAACCUUUUUUCCUGCUCUAGGUGCUUUCUGGAUAAUGGCGAAGAUGGUGAGAACAACAUGUGCAUUUUGUUCAGAAGGGGAGGCUGGCUCUGUGAUGUAUAUUGCCACAGAGAGAAAUAUUGCAGCUCAUCAGGAUUGUCUGUUAUUUUCCUCAGGAUUUGUGGAAUCUGAAGAUCAUAACCCAGAAAAUCUGGAAAUAAGGUUUGAUGUGUCAUCAGUGUUAAAGGAGCUCAAGAGAGGAAAGCGGCUGGUGUGCAACUUCUGCCGCAAGAAGGGGGCCACGGUGGGCUGCGAGGAGCGCGCAUGCCGCAGGAGCUACCACUUCUUCUGCGCGCUCUGCGACGACGCAGCCGUGGAGACCGACGAGGUCAAGGGCGUCUACAGAGUGUUCUGCCCAAAACAUGAUCCAGGGAAUAGGACCAAUCACUACGAUGCAGCUAAUAAGAAAAGAAGACGUACAUUGACAUCUCCCACCAUUACAGAAGAAAUGAGUACAGAAGAGACAGCAGAAGAAAACCAUUUACGAAUACUAAAAAGAAAAAACAACAGGCAUAAAGUUCGAAUAGACUUUGUUAGGAAGUGCAAACAAGCUGGGCUUCUGGAUGACAUAUUUGAAGAAAUGCUGGACACACUUCACCUGGCUCAGGAAAAACUGAUGGAUGACAACACUUCAGAAACAGAGUAUGAAGAGACAGUGAUGGCACUGUUUGACUGUGGACUUUUUGAAAAUAUACUGACAAAUAUUUAUUCAGUAACAGAAGAAAAAAUCCAGAAACUUUUGGAAAACAGAAAAAGACUGGAUCACAAGAUUGAGCUACUGCAGGACUUAAGAGAAGUCAUCAUUCCUACUCCAGAGAACAUGGCCAGUACAUCCAGUACAGUGUCUGAAUAACACCUCUCUGUGAUGGUGCAAUUGUUAGGAUUUUCUAAUGAUAAAGACCAUAGAGCAGUCUGGUCAGUGCCCAAUUCCCUAGCCCCAAGAUGAGGGCUGAAUAGGUGCAAGAAUGUGGUGUUGCACUCUUUUUUAUACCUCACUUUUGCAAUAAUUUAAAGUCCUUCAAGUUUUCAAAUUUUCAUCUUCAAAUUUUUGCCUGAUUCCACUAUAAAUUUCCAUUUAUAUUGCACAAUGGAAUAUAAAUCAGUGUUAUAAACCAAAUUUAGCUUUUGUGAAAACCCAAGAGAACCCUCCAGGGAACAGUUUUUUUUUUCAAAGCCAAGGGCAUGUUCAGCUGCCACAGAACACUUGCUGAAGUCACUUAAAACUAUGGGAGCCCUCUCCUGGCUGGGCAGUAGCUGCCUCGCUUGUCUGUGUCCAGAUGGUGAUGUUUGAAGGAUCAUAGUGCUGCUUUGGCUUUCCCCAAAAAGAUAAAUGAGCAGAACUUGCACUUAAAGAAGCCUUUGGGAUUAUAAACAGGAGUUUAAUUUAAAAAGCCAAAUUAUUCUUCUUUAUUGACUGGUCAAGGUGUACUGCUUUCUGCUGUAAGGGCAGUGGUGAAGCAGUGUUUGCAGGCAAACCAGAAAGUGUUGGGCAGUAUAUUCAGAAUAGAUACAAUGUCAAAUGUGGCAGAACGGUGAUGGGAUCUUCCUUUGUCCAUUAAGAAAGGGUUCAACUUUCAUGUGUUUUGUCUUUAAAAUAUUGUUUGAAUACAGAAAAGCAUUGUUUAGCCACAAUAGGCUAAGUUAAUAAAAUAAAACAUUUUUUAAAGGA